AGGAUUUUCAUCACAACUCGGUUUUUAUAUGAACGACUUCAACAAAUUUUAUAUGCUUUUGAUCAACAACAAAAGCGUCUUCAGGCUCCUAUCAAUCUAUCCAAAGGGGGUCCUACAUUCCGAGAGUUGGCUGCAGAGUUGUCGGAGACAGAACCCUGUCUACGAGGCGUUACCGCUUUGGCACUCUAUGGGACCUACGACAAACUCAUGAACACUUGGCAUGAGUUCCAAUUAUUGCUACAGGCGGAGAAAAUACAUCUUCAUAAUAGCAAUACCAACUUUGGUUCUGAUGAUAACAAUGAUGAUGUCGAUGGUCCUAGCAGCAUCACUGCAUUCAAGAAAACAUUGCUGAUGGAAUAUGUGGAAAAAUUAUACCAAAUGGAUAUAGACUUCUUAAUAGCCAAAAGAAAAACAUGUACACUACCUGAUCCUGAGUGGAAGCGUCUACAGGAAGCAUUGAGGAUGCGUAAAGAAAAACAGGUGUCUCCAUCAUUCGAUCCGUUGGCAAGAUCGCCACAAACAGGAGAGCCUUCAAGCAAAAGAAAACGUCGUAUGAUUGCCAUGUCGGACGUUGAGGAUGAAGAAGACAUGGAAAAGGGAGAGAAAAAAGAAGAUAAACAGGAGCAGGAGGAGCAGGAGGAGCAGGAGGAGCAGGAGGAGCAGGAGACAAGGGAUGAAGGUGAUGUUGAUGAGAUUGAGAUUAAAGCGAGUGAUAGUGAAGCCACUGACACGGAUACAGAAAGAGCCAUUGUAGCAACAGCGGCUGUGAUGACUUCAAUGACGAACACAACAAAGGUUCCAUUGAUAACAGCGUCUCAACCGUCGGUAGUUCCAUUGGUCACUACUGCUGCUGCCGCUCCACCGACUGGGCCCACGCGCUCGUUCCUUUUACCUUACGCGGAUGAUGCUACGACUAGUCCGGAACCCUCGGAAAUAGCAACAACAACAAUCACUCCAUCAAUAUCAAGGAUACCAACCGUAGUACCUCACCAUGCCCAUGCUCAUGAUCAUAAAUUUAGUGAUAAGGGAUCAAGUUCAAGCUCAAAAACAAGGCUAUCAUCAACUUAUCCAUCUCGCAUAAAGAAGCCUGCAAUAUAUACUUAUGGUAGAAGUCAAAACCAGGAUCCGAAUCCGAAUCCGAAUCCAAAUCAGAAUCAGAAUCAGAAUCAGAAUCAGAAUCAGGAUCAGGAUCAGGGUCGAGAAUAUGGUUACAAUUAUGAUUACGACUAUGCUCCUAACCAUGAAAGCAAAUCACCUGCAGGGAACACGACAGUGUCGGAUGAUGUCUUGGAACUAUUCAGACUGGCGCUUCCUCCAAAUACCUCUGGACCUUCCCGUAAAGACAUCCUUGGCAGCACAAGCGAGCAUCGGGUAGAGUCUGCUAUCAAAGGUCUGACUACAACAGUGGCCAUGAUGCAGAAACAAAUGGAAUCCGUUGUUAUGUUUAAUCGAUCUCUCGCCCAACAGAUGGAUCAUGUCACUGACACGCUUGAAUAUAACCGCACAAUGCUAACCAGGGUUCAACAAAGUCUCGAUAGCAUGACACAAAUGCAACAUCUCCAACUCGACAGCAUUACAUCCAAAGUCUCGACUAUCCGUUCAGAUUCGUCUGAUCUGAGGUCUGAUUUGAUCAAUGUCAAAUGGGAUCUCAAGACUAUGAACUCAACACUUGAAUCUAUCGAAGGGAGCGUCAGGAAUCUGGCAAGAUUCGGGCCAACCUCUCGAACAAUCGGAAGCGCAUUUAGCAACUAUUGAAAGUCAGCGACUAUAGCCAUUUGUAAACCCAUGUAUGAUAC